GGUAAGGAGGAGGAAGAGGAGGAGGAGGCGGAGGAGGAGGAGGAGCCGAGGAGGGGACCGAGACGGGAAGAGAAGGGAGGGCUUCCCUCCGCCUCGCUCGCCGCCCGGGCUCACAGGCGCUGGCGGCGGCGGCGGCGUCUCCUGCUCUCCGCGGCUGUUGCUGCUGCUCGCGCUCCGCCGCCCGGGAGAUGCUUCCCCGCGCCGCGCAGCGCUGAGGCCGUGCGUGCGUCCCGGCUGCGCUGCGCGCUCCCCACAUACACAAGCUCUCCAUGUGAGCUGACGGGCGACUGGAAACCCCCCGAGUCACGCUGCCCGGCGGCGGAGGGAGCGCUUGCCCGCAGUGGCAACAGCUGCACCACCGUCCCCGUCGCUCUGCCUUCCUCUUCUGCAGCCUCUGCUCUUCUGAUUACCUCCCUCCCCCGUCCUUUGGUGAUUUUUUUUUUUUUUUUCGAGAAGGAGAGGGCGGGGUAGGUGUCCGUCCCCUCCUCUCUUCCCCCUCCUUUGCCUUCUUGGUUUGAAUUUCCUCCCCCGGCAUUGCCCUGGCACACAGUGCAAGAGGCAAUACCCGCACGGAGGGAGAACGAAGGCUGAGACUCCCCUGCCGCUCCAAGCUCAGAAGAACUGGAGCCUGGAGGGGGGUGAGGGGAGAAGAGGAAGCGGGAGGGGCUUGGCUUCCUCGCGUAUUUGAGGACGGCCCAUCUCCCUUCAAGAACCCUACGGAGAGACGGACUGCAUCUCCGCAGCGAGCUCUUGGAGCGCCGCCGGCCGGGAGGCGAAGAAGGAUGCUGGCGGCUCCGCGCGCCGGCUGCGGGGCAGCGCUCCUGCUGUGGAUUGUCAGCAGCUGCCUCUGCAGAGCCUGGACGGCUCCCUCCACGUCCCAAAAAUGUGAUGAGCCACUUGUCUCUGGACUCCCCCAUGGGGCUUUCAGCAGCUCCUCUUCCAUCUCUGGUAGCUAUUCUCCCGGCUAUGCCAAGAUAAACAAGAGAGGAGGUGCUGGUGGAUGGUCUCCAUCAGACAGUGACCAUUAUCAAUGGCUUCAGGUUGACUUUGGCAAUCGGAAGCAGAUCAGUGCCAUUGCAACCCAAGGAAGAUAUAGCAGCUCAGAUUGGGUGACCCAAUACCGGAUGCUCUACAGCGACACAGGGAGAAAUUGGAAACCCUAUCAUCAAGAUGGGAAUAUCUGGGCGUUUCCUGGAAACAUCAACUCUGAUGGUGUGGUCCGGCACGAAUUACAGCAUCCGGUUAUCGCCCGCUAUGUGCGCGUAGUGCCUCUGGAUUGGAAUGGAGAAGGGCGCAUUGGACUCAGAAUUGAAGUUUAUGGCUGUUCUUACUGGGCUGAUGUUAUCAACUUUGAUGGCCAUGUUGUAUUACCAUAUAGAUUCAGAAACAAGAAGAUGAAAACACUGAAAGAUGUCAUUGCCUUGAAAUUUAAGACGUCUGAAAGUGAAGGAGUAAUCUUGCACGGAGAAGGACAGCAAGGAGAUUACAUUACCUUGGAACUGAAAAAAGCCAAGCUGGUCCUCAGUUUAAACUUAGGAAGCAACCAGCUUGGCCCCAUAUAUGGCCACACAUCAGUGAUGACAGGAAGUUUGCUGGAUGACCACCACUGGCACUCUGUGAUCAUUGAGCGCCAGGGGCGGAGCAUUAACCUCACUCUGGACAGGAGCAUGCAGCACUUCCGCACCAAUGGAGAGUUUGACUAUCUGGACUUGGACUAUGAGAUAACCUUUGGAGGCAUCCCUUUCUCUGGCAAGCCCAGUUCCAGCAGUAGAAAGAAUUUCAAAGGCUGCAUGGAAAGCAUCAACUACAAUGGCAUCAACAUUACUGAUCUUGCCAGAAGGAAGAAAUUAGAGCCCUCAAAUGUGGGAAAUUUGAGCUUCUCUUGUGUGGAACCCUAUACGGUGCCUGUCUUUUUCAAUGCUACAAGUUACCUGGAGGUGCCCGGACGGCUUAACCAGGACCUGUUCUCAGUCAGUUUCCAGUUUAGGACAUGGAACCCCAAUGGUCUCCUGGUCUUCAGUCACUUUGCAGAUAAUUUGGGCAAUGUGGAGAUUGACCUCACUGAAAGCAAAGUGGGUGUUCACAUCAACAUCACACAGACCAAGAUGAGCCAAAUCGAUAUUUCCUCAGGUUCUGGGUUGAAUGAUGGACAGUGGCACGAGGUUCGCUUCCUAGCCAAGGAAAAUUUUGCUAUUCUCACCAUCGAUGGAGAUGAAGCAUCAGCAGUUCGAACUAAUAGUCCUCUUCAAGUUAAAACUGGCGAGAAGUACUUUUUUGGAGGUUUUCUGAACCAGAUGAAUAACUCAAGUCACUCUGUCCUUCAGCCUUCAUUCCAAGGAUGCAUGCAGCUCAUUCAAGUGGACGAUCAACUUGUAAAUUUAUACGAAGUGGCACAAAGGAAGCCGGGAAGUUUUGCGAAUGUCAGCAUUGACAUGUGUGCAAUCAUAGACAGAUGUGUGCCCAAUCACUGUGAGCAUGGUGGAAAGUGCUCGCAAACAUGGGACAGCUUCAAAUGCACUUGUGAUGAGACAGGAUACACUGGGGCCACCUGCCACAACUCUAUCUAUGAGCCUUCCUGUGAAGCCUACAAACACCUAGGCCAGACGUCAAAUUAUUACUGGAUAGAUCCUGAUGGCAGUGGACCUCUGGGGCCUCUGAAAGUUUACUGCAACAUGACAGAGGACAAAGUGUGGACCAUAGUGUCUCAUGACUUGCAGAUGCAGACGACUGUGGUCAGCUACAACCCAGAAAAACACUCAGUGAUACAGCUCGUUUACAGCGCCUCCAUGGACCAGAUAAGUGCCAUCACUGACAGUGCCGAGUACUGCGAGCAGUACAUCUCCUAUUUCUGCAAGAUGUCAAGGUUGUUGAACACCCCAGAUGGAAGCCCUUACACUUGGUGGGUUGGCAAAGCCAAUGAGAAGCACUACUACUGGGGAGGCUCUGGGCCUGGAAUCCAGAAAUGUGCCUGCGGCAUCGAACGCAACUGCACAGAUCCCAAGUACUACUGUAACUGCGAUGCGGACUACAAGCAAUGGAGGAAGGAUGCUGGCUUCUUGUCGUACAAAGAUCACCUGCCAGUGAGCCAAGUGGUGGUUGGAGAUACUGACCGUCAAGGCUCAGAAGCCAAAUUGAGUGUGGGUCCUCUGCGCUGCCAAGGAGACAGGAAUUAUUGGAAUGCCGCCUCUUUCCCAAACCCAUCCUCCUACCUGCACUUCUCUACUUUCCAAGGGGAAACUAGCGCUGACAUUUCUUUCUACUUCAAAACAUUAACCCCCUGGGGAGUGUUUCUUGAAAAUAUGGGAAAGGAAGAUUUCAUCAAGCUGGAGCUGAAGUCUGCCACAGAAGUGUCCUUUUCAUUUGAUGUGGGAAAUGGGCCAGUAGAGAUUGUAGUGAGGUCACCAACCCCUCUCAACGAUGACCAGUGGCACCGGGUCACUGCAGAGAGGAAUGUCAAGCAGGCCAGCCUACAGGUGGACCGGCUACCCCAGCAGAUCCGCAAGGCCCCAACAGAAGGCCACACCCGCUUGGAGCUCUACAGCCAGUUAUUUGUUGGUGGUGCUGGGGGCCAGCAGGGCUUCCUGGGCUGCAUCCGCUCCUUGAGGAUGAAUGGGGUGACACUUGACCUGGAGGAAAGAGCAAAGGUCACAUCUGGGUUCAUAUCCGGAUGCUCUGGCCAUUGCACCAGCUAUGGAACAAACUGUGAAAACGGAGGCAAAUGCCUAGAGAGAUACCACGGUUACUCCUGUGAUUGCUCUAAUACUGCAUAUGAUGGAACCUUUUGCAACAAAGACGUUGGCGCAUUUUUUGAAGAAGGGAUGUGGCUACGAUAUAACUUCCAGGCACCAGCAACCAAUGCCCGAGACUCCAGCAGCAGAGUAGAGAACGCUCCCGACCAGCAGAACUCCCACCCAGACCUGGCCCAGGAGGAGAUCCGCUUCAGCUUCAGCACCACCAAAGCGCCCUGCAUUCUCCUCUACAUCAGCUCCUUCACCACAGACUUCUUGGCAGUCCUCGUCAAACCCACCGGAAGCUUACAGAUUCGAUACAACCUGGGUGGCACCCGAGAGCCAUACAAUAUUGACACAGACCACAGGAACAUGGCCAAUGGACAGCCCCACAGUGUCAACAUCACCCGCCACGAGAAGACCAUCAUUCUCAAGCUCGAUCAUUAUCCUUCUGUGAGUUACCAUCUGCCGAGUUCAUCCGACACCCUCUUCAAUUCUCCCAAGUCGCUCUUUCUGGGAAAAGUUAUAGAAACAGGGAAAAUUGACCAAGAGAUUCACAAAUACAACACCCCAGGAUUCACUGGUUGCCUCUCCAGAGUCCAGUUCAACCAGAUCGCCCCUCUCAAGGCCGCCUUGAGGCAGACAAACGCCUCAGCUCACGUCCAUAUCCAGGGCGAGCUGGUGGAGUCCAACUGCGGGGCCUCGCCGCUGACCCUCUCCCCCAUGUCGUCCGCCACCGACCCCUGGCACCUGGAUCACCUGGAUUCAGCCAGUGCAGAUUUUCCAUAUAAUCCAGGACAAGGCCAAGCUAUAAGAAAUGGAGUCAACAGAAACUCGGCUAUCAUUGGAGGCGUCAUUGCUGUGGUGAUUUUCACCAUCCUCUGCACCCUGGUCUUCCUGAUCCGGUACAUGUUCCGCCACAAGGGCACCUACCAUACCAACGAAGCGAAGGGGGCAGAGUCGGCAGAGAGCGCGGACGCCGCCAUCAUGAACAACGACCCCAACUUCACAGAGACCAUUGAUGAAAGUAAAAAGGAAUGGCUCAUUUGAGGGGUGGCUACUUGGCUAUGGGAUAGGGAGGAGAGAAAGGGACAAAAGCACCCUGCUUCAUACUCUUGAGCACAUCCUUAAAAUAUCAGCACAAGUUGGGGGAGGCAGGCAAUGGAAUAUUCUUGAGACUGAUCACAAAAAAAAAAAACUUUUUAAUAUUUCUUUAUAGCUGAGUUUUCCCUUCUGUAUCAAAACAAAAUAAUACAAAAAAUGCUUUUAGAGUUUAAGCAAUGGUUGAAAUUUGUAGGUAAUAUCUUGUCUUAUUUUGUGUGUGUUUAGAGGUGUUCUAAAGACCCGUGGUAACAGGGCAAGUUUUCUACAUUUUUAAGAGCCCUUAGAAUGUGGGUAUUUUUUUUCUUGAGAAAAGCUAACGCACCUACAUAUGGCCCCCACCAUUCUCUUCCUUUUGCUUCUAGUCAGUCAGCCUUAAUGGGCUGUUACAGUAACUAGUUCGUGUUCAUAUACUAUUUCCUUUGAUGUCCUAUAAGUUGGAAAAGAAAGGGACAAAGAGAACCUAUUAUUUGCCAGUUUUCAAGCAGAGCUCAAUCUAUGCCAGCUCUCUGGCAUCUGGGGUUCCUGACUGAUUACCAGCAGUUGAAGGAAGAGAGUGCAUGGCACCUGGUGUGUAACGACACAAUCAGCAUAACUGGAGAGAGGCAUUAAAGAACCAGGGAAGGUAGUUUAUAUUGGGGUUGUCGGUUUGAUUUUUCAUUGAAUUCUACAAGCUAAUAUUGUUCCACGUAUGUAGUCUUAGACCAAUUCAAUAUCUAUAACUAUCAGCUGCAAUACCAUGGUGACCAGCUGUUACAAAAGAUUUUUUCCUGUUUCAUCUGAAACAUAUUGGAUUUAUAUAUGUAUAAGCGCCUCAAUGGGGAAUUAGAGCCAGAUGUUAUGAUUUGUUUGCUCUUUUUCUUUUAUAGUUGUAGCAAAAAUAUGAAUAAUUUCUAGUGAAUGCAUAAAUUAGGUUGCGCUUCUUAUUUUGCUUUAAAUCUCUGGUAGUUUUUCCACCCCUGUGACAGAAUCCUAAUAGACAGUGUCCUGUAAAUGGACACAACAUAAUAAAGUCAAGUUAUUAUUGCUGUUACUCUGGAUGAUAUGGAAAACACUGCCAUAUUUUAAAUCAACUACUCCACGUGUUUUUCCAUCCAAUCACACUGCUGUGAUUCAGGGAUCUUCUAAGACAGACACACUUGAACCUCAGGUUCAUCACAAACCUGGCACCUGUUGCUUCCCAGAGGACGGACAAGUGUAGUUAAUCACACAUCUGAAACCUUGACCCAGUUAUUUAACAAAUAACUCAUUGAUUCUAUUUAAAAAUAAUACACUUCAUGUAAACAAAUGGGGACAAUGCAUCCAAAAAAUCUUUUUAAACAGAUUACACAAAAAUUAUUAUUUCUAGAAAGACUACCAUUUAUGACCAUAUAUUUCAAGCCUCUUAUACUUAAUAAGCACUUUCUAAAAAAUCUUGAGAUCCCACCAUUCUGAGGAAUUAAAUGUGAUCACUUUUUCCUUCUUUGCCUGGGAGAGGUUAAGAGGAGGUUUCAAAGGUAUAGAUGCUAUUGUUCUGACGGCCUGGCUCAAUAAAAUGGAGAUUCUAGUUUGUUAGAAUUAUGCAUUCUUUUUCAAGAUGCUCAGUAUGCCUAACUUAUUGGAGCACGUCAGUUUCUUGGGUAAUGGAAAACGUUACCUAGAGUUGCCGGUGGCACAUUACACCAGCACACAGCAUAUUCCAAAGGAGACAGUGGACCAGUUAAUUCCCAUGCAAGUCAGUCAAAGGUAGCAGAACAAAAGGGAAUCCUGAUGCCCUUUUACCAUUGCUGGUUGAGCUCAGGCACUGUCAUGGACACCCUUAAUUUUAAAAGGUUUUAAUAAUUCUUCUAUAAAAUACAUUUAAAAUGGAAAAAUAUUUAAUAUCACUAAAUAUCAGAACAAACAUUUACAAAUGACAUAUUGAAAGCAAAGGCUGUUUUAUUUAGCCAAGAUGAUUACCAUUAGGAGUUAUUAUUUUAUGUAUUGUUGAAAGCAAAAUUUUAAACAUGAUGUUUUAGAAGUGUUUCUGAUUUUUAAACCUGGUUUACAGGUAUUAUUUCUGCACUUACCAAAUAAUGCCAGAUGGAAAUUUAUUAUUUCUUGCAGUUCCUGUGAUAGCUCUGUUCUUUAUGCAUUGUCUCAACACUUUCCCUUUUUUCCCCAAAAUGAGUAGGGAAUUAAAGCCACCCAAAACAGCUUCUGCUACUAAAAUGUUCUCGUCCUUUCUCCUCCCUCUCCUUUUCUUGCCACAAAAGGUGAAAAAUGAGAUCCAAUCCUCUCACCAAAAUUUCAAACCUAGGACACUGGAAUCACUGCAGGGAUCAGUGGUUCUCCCAUAUCGCCAUCAAUUAAGACAUAUAGGACACUGUCUCCCUUCAAGAGGGUUACAAUGUGGCCAUCAGACAGGAAACCAAAAGGUGGAUAAAGUAUUAAGUAACUAAGUGCCAAAUAAAGGCUGGAAAUCUUGACCUCUCCUUGGGAUUAUGGGUUUAACAAAAAUCCCUACAUCUGUUUAUGAAGGCCAUAUCCAGUACAUUUUAAAUGGUAAAUAAUCUAUUUAUGUGAAGAAAAAGAAUUAAUUAAGUCUUUCUUCCAACUCUCUCCCUGGAUAGCCUAGCACAGUGCAGCCUCGAUAACCAUGACAUUCCCACCCAAGCUCUCAGUGCCUAAUCCUGCUUUGUCAUUCACAUCUCACAAAAUCUUGACAUCUUAUAUUCCAGUACAUUAUCAAGCAAGCACAAGUAUGCUGGUAGUAGCCUCUUUAAAUAAUAUGUACAGACAACAACAACAAAAAAAAAUAGGCUGUUUUAAAGUUUCAGGGAAAGUUGGUGGCUGAUUUAAAGUUGUGCAGGCAACAUCUUCUGUGUAUGAAGCAAAUAUCGAUGUUUUGAAAAGCUAGGAGAUGACUUUGAAUGAAUGCAAGGUUAGUGAGAUCCUAAGAUCUCAAAAUAGCAUAUUCCCUAGAGUUCAAGAAAGCUGGUCCAGGAGGUUGAAAAAGCUAUUUUGUUGUUAAAUUAUUUUCUGGCCCUUCUUAAUAUUUAAAAAUGUAUUUCCCCUUGUGGCUUUCAACCAACUGCUCAAAAAAAGAGACUUGUUACAUGGAAGUUUUCAUUAAAGAAAGAGCUGACAACAAGAAUUUAGAGAGCGUUUCCUAGAAAAUGUCCUACUGCCCUGCAUUUGACAAACAAGCAUCCUUUACUAACAAGAGCAGGAAUUCAGAGGCACAAGAAAAAGCACUGGCAUGAGCCAAAGAGUCUAUCUUAAUGUUACUUUUGAACAUCUGCUGAGCAGCCACCAUAUGCAGGCUGAGAGCUGGCCACAGGCAGAAGCCAUUGGAAGCACUUCAGGAACAAGCACACAGCUAUGGGACUUGAACAUGCAAGUGUUCAGGUUGUGUCAAGAAGCUUUUCUUUCCUUCUAUGAUGGAAUCUGUUCUUUUCUAUCCUACUUUCUUCUCUCCCUCUCCUCGCCACGCUACAUCCUGCUCUUACGCAGUGAACGUUUUAAUGGCCCGUUUAUGUCUCAUGCCUCCAAACAACACUGAAUUUGAAAGCCCCCAUUUUUUUUUCUUUUCACCACCCUGUUGAGCAAUUUUCCCAAAAAAAGGGCAGCAAUUAUUAAAUCGAAUUCAAGUAAGCCAGCCAAAGAUAGGUCCUAAAUUGCUAGUCCCAGUAGAACCACCUGAUCCUAAACCAGCGCGAAACAAACAGUAACAAUGUCCCCAGCUGACUUCAGCUAAGAACCAGUGGCUCCUACCCCCCCUUUUUGUUGUUUUUUGUUUUGUUUUGUUUUGAGACGGAGUCUCGCUCUGUCGCCCAGGAUGGAGUGCACUGGCGCAAUCUCGGGCUCACUGCAACCUCUUCCUCCUCCCACGUUCAGGCGAUUCUCCUGCCUCAGCCUCCCAAGUAGCUGGGAUUACAGGCACCCGCCAUCACACCUGGCUAAUUUUUUUUUGUAUUUUUAGUAGAGGCCGGGUUUCGUCAUGUUGGCCAGGGUGGUCUCAAACUCCUGACCUCAAGUGAUCUGCCCACCUCAGCCUCGCAAAGUGCUGGGAUUACAGGUGUAAGCCACCGUGCCAAGCCAGCCCCAUUUUUUAAAUGAUGUUUUGGUAAGAGUGGACCAUGGGAAUUAGCUGACAGCAUCCCCUUUCUCUCUCCCUGCCUUGGUGGGACCCUCCCUGUGUGACCUUGGUCAAGUCCUCGAACUUCUGUCCUGUAUUUAAGAUGGAGCUGUUUUACCUACUUCAUAAGACAGAUGUGAGGUGCCGUUGAUUCUUGACUGCAAAAUACCUUGAAACCCUUACAUAAAGGCUGAAGUCAAUGGAGCCUAGUGGAAGACUUACUUUGUGGCUUGUGGUUGAAAGUCACAUCAAAAGACAAAUGUGGCCACGUUCAGGAAUUGGAGAUUUACUGGCAUGGCUCUACAACUGCUCAAUUAUUAAUCAUGCAGACUAACCUGUCAACACUGGGAGAUGCAACAUAGCAAAAGGACAGAGAAAUUAGAAUUUUUUGUGCAGAAAGCCCUAAAUUCCCACCUGAAUGUAACUUAUAGCUCCCUUACCUACUCUUACACAUGCCCUCCAACGUGCUAGACUGGCUUAUACAUAGGCCAACGCAAAAUACAAACGUGACAUGUUCGCGUAGCCUAGUGGCUCUCUGCCUAUUAUCCACGUACCCUGCAUGGUAAUGUUGGAAACUUUAAAGUACAUUUCUUUCACAGCAGUGUUUUUUUUCAUAAGUGGCAUAUAAAUCUCAUUCAAUGAAAUGGGGAAAUCACGUUAAGAAGUUGGUUUGUUAUCUCCCAUUAAGCAAAGACUGGCAGGCGAUAAUUAAAAUAAAUAUGGGCACACAUGUAUUAAUAUACAGCACGCAUUUACAAGUUUAUUUUCCAGAUAAAAUUGUGCUAUAAGAACAGUUCUACCAAGACAGUCUGCACCAUUUCCAAGUCUCAGUUAAUUUACAGCAACUGCUGCUUUCAAAGAUGGCUGUGAAAAUAUGGAAGUUCCUCUCAAGUAGGCCAAGAAACAGUUCUAGAUUUUACUGAUUCUAAGUUUUAUUUUGUCAGGUUUUUUAAAUUUUUUCAGUGAGCAUGGUGACUGCAGAGGUUAGCGCUGUGAAAAGCUGGGCUAAAUAUUCUUUCUGUAAAGUCAAAUAGGAUUCCAUCCCUGUGAAAUAACACAAAAUUUCACUCUCUAAAAGCAACAGCAUGUAAACUAGAAUGAAAGAAGGAAAUUAUGUAUGUAUGCCUAAUAUUCUUUGUGAAUGUCUUUCAUUUAACUAAAAUCAUAUUAGAAACCAGAUUGAUAAAUAAAAAAUUCAAAAUAGUUUUAAUUAUCCUAAAA